CCGUUUCGGUCUGCCUCCGCAACCUGCCUCGCAGUCCGCCUGAUUCCCAAGUUGUCUGUCCUGUCCGCCAAGCCCUCGCUGCAUAUUUCCCUCUCAGCCGCUUCGUUCCAGCAAUGUCCACAGACGAAGCCUCGGUCACUCGCUUCCGGAGUCUCAAGACCAAGAUCAGCCAGUACUUCCGCCGCAGCUCAAAGCCCACUAUUGAGUCGCCAUCGCCGCCUCUGGCUGCUGGCGUCCCUCCAGUCCCGCCGAUCCCGGUGACCUACGCUGCCUCUGCCCCAGGCUCGUUCCAGGCCGCUCCGGCCGAGCCCUCUCCCAGCGUAUCUGUUGCCGAGCCGUCCAGAGUGCCCAUGUCCCGAGGAGUCUCUCGAAGCGCAACCAUCGCCUACUCGGCACGAUCCGUCCGCACCACCCUGAGCGAGCCCAACCCUCUUCCGCGCUCGGCUCACCCCAGCUACCAGUCCUUCUUCCACCCCACGCCGCUGGCCACGCCUCGGUUCAGCAGCACCGUUGCCGAAUCGUCGCCGCUGAUGAAGACCCAGCAGUUCGCCAUGUAUGGCUUCGAGCCCAAGGAUCCCUCAGAGCUGGCUCUGAAGGUCGGCGAUGUGGUUUACAUUCGCGAGGUCUAUGUCGAUGGCUGGUGUCAGGCUGUCCAUCUCAGCACCGGCUCCAUUGGCGUCUUUCCCCUCACCGUCAUCGGCCACAACAUCCAGGCCCUCAUCAACACUCCCGUGCCCUCGCGUCCCACAACCCCAUCGAGCCCUCUCCUGCGAGAUACCUCAUCGUUUUCCCGUCCAGCCUCGCCGCAAAGCCAGGCCGGUCCCUCGACACACGAAUUCGCUGUCAGUCGCCCCUCAUCGCUGUCCUCGAGCCAGUCCCAGCGAAAAGACGUCCGUACUGCCUCUCUGAAAGAUUCGGUCGACAAAGGCAACAAUCCCACGACCGUUCUGGCCCUUCCCACGCUUGAGGAAGACCGCGACUCCUGUCCACCUCCAUUUGUCGAAGCCUCGCCCACCGACAAUCGAACCCUCGAGUCGUUCCCCGGUGCCGAGACCGAUGCGGACCAGUGCAGUCAGCUCAACAGCGCCCCGUUAUCCGAAUCCCCACCGCGUGACAACCCCACCAGCAGCAUAUCCAAGAUGGAGGAGGCCCUGCAGGACUCGGCCCAGACCGCCGUGGAGUCCCUGCCUCAGUACGACCAAGUUGCCCUCGAGUCGGCCGGCCCGAACAGAGUCCCAACCAACGCCUUGUCUAUCCACCAGUCCGGCCAACAACAUCCACGAUCAUAUUCGAUCACACAGCGACAUCCCUCCAACGGAUCGCGCCUUUCGCCAAGCGUCGCCCGUGGCCGCUCCGUCGCAGGAACAGAGGCCAGAAACCCGUUCGACAUCAAGGCCUCGCCCAUGUCCGUUCCGGUCGAAGGCAGCGGCCUGCCCUUUGUGGCCACAAGCGACUUUCGUGGCGUCGGCAACUACCCAAUCGAAAUCAAAGUCGGCGAGCACGUCCUCGUCCGCGAGAUCUUUUCCGACGGCUGGGUCAAGUGCGUCCACGCCGAGUCCCGUCGCAUGGGCCUGGUGCCGCUCGUGUUCCUGCAGCAGGUCGUGGCUGCUCAGUCGUGAACAAGCAACCACACCCCGGUCCCCCAUCGGAAACCAAGCCUGGUUGCUUAUCCCUCGACUGGAGUAGGAGGAGGCUGAACACGCAGCUUGGCUCCGUGUCCCCCCCCCUCCACUCUCCCUUCGAUUUGCAGCACACAUUCUCACGUUGCGGCUCGUCCUUCCCAUCCAUCCGAUCCAAUUAAUCUGCGUAUUCUCGUCCGGCGCUCGACCCACCUCCUCUGUAAUUUAUUUGUCCAAAUGUGACA